AUGGCCCUGCUCUCGGCUGCAUCGGCUUCUGCCCAGGCCAAGGGCGUCGUCGAUGGCGGCCCGUUCCCCGACGACCUCAACGGCUCCAACUUCACAUACCCGUGGCCCGUCAAGCUCUUCCGAUUUACCAGCCAGUUGCAGCCGCUGGAAAUGGCCUUCAUGGACGUCGGCCCCUCAUGCGAGCCCAAUGGCAAGACCGCCCUUUUGCUGCACGGCAAGAACUUUUGCGGCGCGACCUGGCAGACGACGAUUCGCACCCUCGCCGCCAAGGGCUAUCGCGUCCUCGCCCCUGACCAGAUUGGCUUCUGCAAAAGCUCCAAGCCGUCCGGGUACCAGUUCAGUCUCAGCCAGCUCGCCUGGAACACGCGCGGCCUGCUCGAUACCCUGGGCAUCGCAAACGUCACCGUUGUCGGCCACUCCAUGGGCGGCAUGAUGGCAGCCCGCUUCGGUCUCCAGUAUCCUGAGACGGUGGACAGGCUCGUCUUGGUGGCCCCGGUCGGCCUCGAGGACUACGUGCAAAAGGGCGUCCCCUACAUCACCAUCGACGACUCGCUCGCCAGCGAGGCCGCGUCCACCUACCAAAGCAUCCGCCGCUACGAGCAGGACGUCUACUACGUCGGCCGGUGGCAGUCGGUGUACGACACUUGGGUCAAGAUGCUUGUCAACAUCUACCACGGCUCUAUGCGAGAUGCCUACCUCCGCAACCAGGCCCAGAUCAUCGACAUGGUUCUGACAUCGCCCGUCUCGCACUUGUUUGGGGAUAUCAAGCCACGCACCUUGCUCAUUGUCGGCGACAAGGACAAGACGGCCAUUGGAUCUCAAUGGGCGCCCCCUGACGUCGCCAGAACACUCGGCCACUUUGAUGUCCUGGGGCCCCAAGUGGCUCGUCAAAUCCCCCGUUGCGCCUUGCGUCGGUUCGCGGACAUGGGACAUGCUCCUCAGGUCUCGGACCCUGAACGCUUCCACGAGGUCCUGCUGGCGUGGGUGACGGCGGAGUGA